CAUCUUUGUUGCUUUCGACGUCACUGUCUUCUCUUCUCUCGAACUGAAUAGUAUUUUUGCCACCGUACGAAGGUUUGCUGGCCACUCGUGCACAGUUUGCUAGGCCGUCCGUAAGUUCGUCGUUACGCGAAUAGAAACAAUUUCACUUGUACACGCUUUGCAACAACGUUUCGUUCGUCGGUCUCUGUUAACUUAUUCGACGAUCUUCGACGGCCUUCGACGGUCGUUGCAUCGUGCCCGUUAAACGCUACGAAUGUUUCGCACGCGUGUUUCGUCGGUCGGGCCUCGCCGUCGAGUAGUUUUCCGUCGGAUAUGAAUUUCUCUAACGGCAUCGUAAGCACACCGGAACAACUGUCAAUACUCUAAUCGCCUAAUCACAAGUUUCCGAGCGCAGCGAGGUUUAGUAUACCGUGCGCAAAAUACCGCGCAAGGUUCCGACGGUAUUUAUUCGAAUGUUAAGUAGUGCAAUUAGCACGUGCGUGUCAUAACAGCGGCCAGCUAACUAUAGUUAGCUCGACGACGGACUAUUAAACUCAGUUAUUAACGACCGUGCUACGGUUCAGAUUCCAAUUUCUGGUUGUUCCCUAAUUUCAAACGAAGCCGCCGAACAGUGCUGACCGAAUCGUUCCUCCAAGUCGGUAGCGUUAUUACCGAACAAGUGUUCGACUAAUUCGGGCGUUAACCACGUUGGAAAAAUGUCAAGCAGAGGAGUGAAUCCGACGUGGGAUGACCUUUACCUGCGUGUACCGAAUUUCCUUGUCGACUCUGAGGACGAAGUCGCGUGGAACGGUUCAGAUGAUGGUACUGGACAAUGAUACUGAAUACUUGAGCGGAUGCAAACAGAAUUCCGUGACGGAAUGGUUGCAGAAAACGAGCGAGGCAAAGAACGACGGCAGUGAGAGUCCAGUGUUUGGAUUGGAAGGUAGCGUAACAGGAGCAGUUGGCGGAUCAACGUUGAGGCUGGCGCCGCAGGAAUUGCCGAACGAAAUUUCAGCUCCCUACGAAGUGCCGCAAUUUCCAAUUGAACAAAUCGAGAAGAAACUGUUGAUACAAAGGCAACUGACUGUCAAAGCCGCCAAAGACCUAGAGGAACGUCGUAGCCACUAUGAACCUUCGCUGGGACCCGACAUUCCGGACGACGUCGACCACAGUUUCAACCUCGAAGAUGACUACUUUAGGCCGCACUUUCAAAGAGUCUCGAUACACGGGGGCGACACUUCCGGCGUACCUUUGGAAGAUCUCGAGCAGGCGUCGCAACUAUUGGUGCGAGCACUGGCCAUGCGUGAGAAAUAUAUGAACAAUUCGAAGCAGAGUUACCCUUCCACCACCGCUCGGUUUUUGCGCAGCAUCGACGAAAGACCAAUAAACAGUGGCGAUGAGGUCCAACAUGACGACCGUAAAGCCAUUGCAGAUCAUCCGGUACAUGCGCCAGCGUCUAGGGGAGAUCCAUGGGAAUGCGAGUUUCCCCCGUCGAAAAAUUACAAAAUUGCACCUGUCAACGGUGUUUUCAAUGUAUACGCUAGCGAAGAAGAUUACGAGAACGAAAAACCGAUCCCCUAUUCGUAUCCGGAUCUGGCAACCUUUGUCAGAGACAUGAACCUUCUCUGCGUAAUGAUCGCCGAUGGCCCCUUGAAGUCGUUUUGCUAUAGAAGACUGAGUUAUCUUUCAUCGAAAUUCCAAUUGCACGUACUACUGAACGAGCUUAAAGAACUAGCGAGUCAAAAGGCAGUUCCGCACAGGGAUUUUUACAACAUUAGAAAGGUUGAUACACAUAUUCAUGCAGCUUCGUGUAUGAAUCAGAAACACCUCCUCCGAUUCAUUAAAAAGACUCUGAAGAAUCAUGCGGAUGAAAUUGUUACGUGCUCGAAAAACGGAGAAACAAUGACUCUCCGUGAGGUGUUCCAGUCGAUGAAUUUAACUACAUACGAUCUCAGCGUUGAUAUGUUAGAUGUUCACGCAGAUAGAAACACGUUCCAUAGAUUCGAUAAAUUUAAUGCCAAGUACAAUCCUAUUGGAGAAAGCCGACUUCGUGAGGUCUUCUUGAAAACGGACAAUUAUCUAAAUGGUAAAUUCUUUGCAAGCAUCAUUAAAGAAGUUGCCAGUGACCUCGAAGAAUCGAAAUACCAAAAUGCAGAACUACGUCUCUCAAUAUAUGGCAAAAAUCCAGAAGAAUGGGACAAAUUAGCGAAAUGGGCCAUUCAGAGCAACGUCUAUUCGGAUAAUGUCCGCUGGCUUAUUCAGAUUCCUCGACUCUAUGAUAUCUUCAAAUUGAACAAAUUGAUGACGAACUUCCAAGAGUUUUUAAAUAACAUCUUUCUUCCUCUUUUUGAGGUAACAAAUGAUCCCAAUUCUCAUCCAGAAUUACACAAAUUCCUCCAAUAUGUAAUAGGAUUCGAUUCGGUCGAUGACGAAAGUAAACCUGAGAAUCCUUUAUUUGAUAAAGAUGUUUGCCCACCAGCAGAAUGGGAUGAUAUCGAAAAUCCUCCUUAUGGAUAUUAUCAAUACUAUACUUACGCUAACAUGACUGUUUUAAAUCAUUUUAGAGCUGAACAAGGUUUUAACACCUUCGUCCUGAGGCCUCAUUGCGGUGAAGCUGGCCCAAUUCAACAUCUUGUGUGUGGUUUCAUGAUGGCAGAAAAUAUUUCCCAUGGCCUUUUACUUCGUAAAGUACCAGUACUACAGUACCUGUACUACUUGGCACAAAUUGGAAUAGCAAUGUCGCCUCUCAGUAAUAAUUCUCUCUUUUUAAAUUAUCAUCGCAAUCCCCUUCCAGAAUACUUAGCGAGAGGAUUAUGCGUAAGCUUGUCUACAGACGAUCCACUUCAAUUCCACUUUACCAAGGAACCAUUAAUGGAAGAAUAUAGUAUUGCUGCUCAAGUAUGGAAACUCAGUUCAUGUGAUAUGUGUGAAUUAGCACGUAAUUCUGUACUUAUGAGCGGUUUUCCACACAAGAGCAAACAAUACUGGCUUGGACCAAACUAUACUAAGGAAGGAGUAGCUGGUAAUGAUAUUACCCGAACAAAUGUGCCAGACAUUCGAGUAGCCUAUCGUUACGAAACAUUAGAAGACGAAUUGUCGAAUAUUUUUAAAGUCUUUGAGGAACCUUUCGCCUUUCCGGAACCUUAGUCAUUAUAUACAUAUUACUCUGUCUCAUGUCCAUGAAAAAAAUUGCAUUGAAAACUAUCUGCAGCGCAAACUAUAACUAAUCAUGUGAUUUAUACUAACAAUCUUUACGGACUUUAAAUGACUCCUUUGUAGAAGGUAUUCUCUUUAUUGAAUGAAUGACGAUAUAGAGAUUAUUUCUUUAACGCUAGUUGUAAAACCAUUAAGGACAACUUAAAUGAUCUUGUUUAGAUAAUGCGUGCCCAUUUAUACAGUUCGCCCGCACUUAAGUGGCGCCGUCAAUCAUGUAUUUCGUAAAGUAUCGAAGCUACGAAAAACAUGUUUACAUGGAACACCCUUAUCGCCCCACGCGUGCCAAUACGUACUAACACGUGUCAUAACGUGCCAUAUCUCUACCUUCGCUAAUCAUUCUCUCAUAAAUAUCCAUAAUGUGCCGACUAACAGUCACAAGUAUCCUCUUUCGAAUUUUCCCACAGGCUAAAAGCUCUACCAUAAAUUCUUUCAAAGCCUGAAUCAUCUUUCUUCGACUUCAUUAAAAAAUUGUCGACGCUAACAUAUAGUGAGAAGUUUUAAAAGGCGUUUGAAUACUUUCGUGUCUCACUGUACAUGUUACAAGGGACCCAUUUGUUGGCAGAUAAGUAUGUUUUUAUACUACUAAUUUUAGGGGUCAUAUCGAGAAACUUCAUUUCUCGAUAAAAUAUCAUUUUCUAAUAUAUUUUUACAUGGAUUUAACAACGUGGAAUAUGACGAAACUUGAUUUUGAUUGGUUUCCAAGAUGUGCUUACAAACUUAUGGAACAGAUAAGAAAAUAGUAGCAAAAUAGUGGAAAACACACCAUUAUCAGUUCCGUUUGUAUUGAAAACUAUUCGAAAUUAAAUGCAUAUUUGUAGGUUGCUAGAAUCUAUGAAAACAUUGACAAAAGAUGGACGUUGACUCACCAACAGAUGUGUCUCCUUGAGUUAAUCGAAUAUCCAUGUAAAGAUUUCGUUCGUAUCCUCAGUGUUUUACAAGAUAAUUGACUGUACUAUUUAAGCGCGGUUACGCUGUGUGCUAUCGAUAAUUUUAUAAGUAUACGAUCUGUAUGUAUCGGUAAUUAUUUGAAAACUAUCUGUUGACAUUUUAAAGUAUUCCAAAUACAAACAGAUACAGAAUGCAUGACUGUAUGUAUUAGAUAUCUUAGGCCCUUACGCACCAUGUAGUGAUCUUACUAUGUCACAGUGGUGACUCUAGUUUGCGUUUUAUUUUGCUUGGAGGAUCCCUUCCUGAAAUAUCUAUUACAUACUGGUGAAUUCUUCUGUAUAUUUUUGCAGAUAAAUACAUAUAAAUUAAGUUACAGGGGAAUGUCUUUCACUCAUAUUUCAGAACUUCAGUAUAAGACAACGAUAGAUUUUAAUGUGAAAUUUUCAUAUAUGUUGACCAAUAUGAUAGUAGUUAGGUAUUAGAUAGGGUAAAAGUUUAAACUGUUCCAGUUUCCAAUAUGCAUACUAAAAAUUGGAUGUUAAUAUACGAAUUAAACUAAUCUAUAUAUUGUAUUACUUUUACGUUGCAAAUAUAUAAUAUACGCUAAAGAAACAGUUCAUUUGUUAUGUCUCAGCUGCAGUAAAAUUGUCAAGUCCGACUUUUUGAAUUUAGUUUUAGUUUCUUAUCUUUUUGUACAUUUAUACAGUCAGCGUAUAUGAUGGUUGCUUUUAACAAGUACAUCUAAGACUUAUAAACGAAUUAGCUCUUUUGUAGAUCGUAUACCUUAUUGUAAUGUUUAUAAAUUUUUAUUAUGACAAAUGUGUAUACAUUACAUUGGAGAAAACUAAAUUCAAUAUUUUCUACACUUUAAUCGACACCGAAUGAAUAACGAAGAUCGUAAAUUUUACCCUUAACUCUAAUAGCAUGCAAACGACUACGUAUUUACUUUCCACAAACAAUUUACUGUCAAUGAGCUUUUACUGGCAAAUAUUUAAUAAUGGCGAUAUACAAGUAUAUAUUCACACACCACGUCUUAAUAUCGAACACAAAUUGUUACUAAGUAGAAAGAAUGUAUUUAUUGUACAUACUAUAUUCUACGAAAAAAAAACGAAAUAUACCUAUAUUGUUAAAAGAUAUGUGUGAUCAAUAGAAAAUUACAAUUGUGAUCGAACACAAUCGCAUCCAGUCAGCCGGUCGUCAAAAAUAUUCGAACACCAAUAUAAUUUCGUCCUUUGAGCUUUAUAUGUUAAGUAAAUGUAUAAUUACCACGUACAAAAAGGUAUUUAAUUAUGUUAGUAAUGUUAAUUAUGUUAAUAACACAACAAUUUUCUGUCGAGAAGAUAUUAGGACACUUUACGAAUCUAAGUUAUAAAACAGAAAUAAUAAAUGCGAUAUAACACCGAUAAA